AGAUAGUGGAGGCUCUGAAUAGUCGAAAAAAACAAGCCGUGUGCCAGUGAGAAAUACAACCGCAGGAGGAAAUGGAAAGCUCAAAAUGGCAGAACUUAUUGCAUCAACCUUUUCUAGUCAAAGCAGCACGGGAACCUCUACGAGGGAUAUGAAUUCGCCAACCUUCACCAGCAUCGCAUCAUUGUCUAUAACCACACCAGCAGCGACGCUAGCGCCAAAAGCAGGAUCAGAGUCCCCGUGGUUGAUUCUCAGACUCAUCGAUUCUUUUUCUCUAGCAGUGCUGCAGCAGUCAAAGGAGUCCGGGAUAAAUGGGAACAUGAACGACGGUACCAGUACGUUCUUAUCCUACUGGAUGUCUCCGUUCGCCAUGAUGUGCAUGAUAACUGCAGUUGUGAUGAAUCGGGUGGUAAUUUUUGCAUCUUCGAGGAGGCAUAGAAGGUUGCCGUAUAUAUCCAACGUCUUAUUGAGGUCUUUUGCCAUUUACAUUCUCUGUUUGGGAAGCUAUGGUCUCUUUGUCAGCUUGAAGUGCUACUGUCACAACCCACUCAUACAAUACAUACUGCAAGCAAAUUGCUUCACAUUUGAUAGAGAAAAGUUUAUGAGCAAGACAUUCCUCUCCGUGCCGUUUGGAAGCAAUGUCUACGAGGGAUUCCUCAAGCACACCAACGAAAUGGAAAUCGGACCAACAACCUCUGUAUUAAAAGGCUUUCACUUAUCAUUGUGCAUAAGUCAAAUUUUGGACACCUUUAUUGCAGUGGCAUCCGGUACAAAGCCAUCGUUGGAAACGGGUAUCACCUUAUUCGAGUACUCAUUGGCUUUCCAAGAAGCUCAAUUUGCUUCCAAACCAUCGGUGGAACUAUUAACAAUUGCUUUGAUUGCCCUUACAAACCAACUAAAUAUUCAUUUCCUAGGCUUAUUCAAUCUGAUACAAUACAAGCUAAUACCGUCUUCUAUCCUCGGCCUUUUCACACUAUCUUUUUAUGCUUACAAUAUAUUCACAGGAAACAUUUUGAAAAUCCCAUUCAUUAUUAUACUUGGAUACUUCCCCCAUUUCUGUGUUUUACUAGUCAUUAUGUUGAGUGAAUCAAUAUUUUUGCUUUCCGGCAUAAUAAGAUUUUCUUUCAAAGAUCUAACAAUGAUGAGCCUUCUGGAAAAUUGGAAUUCGGUCAACAUUUCACUUUCUGAUGAUUUCUACACUGCUUUGAUCAACUUUGGAGAAUUCGUAAUCAACAUUUCCAUAUCACAGUGUUAUAUACAAGAAACUUCUAACGUGAAGUUACCAAUAGACAACUACAUAAACAUGCAGUUGUCAGAAUUAAAAAAGGAAGAAACGAAGGAAAUAAACGGUUAUGGAAACGAGUUUAAAAAUAACCCGGAGUUAAUUGAUCUUUACAACAGCGACAAGAGAAACGAGAUGAAGAAAACUAACAAGCGCAAGAGAUCCUGGAUUUUUGUCACCAGGUUGAAAAUGCUGAAUAAGGUAGCCUUCAAAUUUCUUGAGCUUAUAAAGGUCAAGAUCAUAAGUGUCAUAGGGAAAAAGGCUAAAGACUCCGACGGCACUGCUCUUGAUGAAACUGUGACCCGAACCAAAUCCAUAAUAAAAUAUCGGAUUGUUCCAACUGAUAAAGGUGGCUUUGUGUAUGCAAGUGAUGAGUUUGAGUCUGUCGAUAUUGAUAACCUGAGUGUGGCAGACAUCGAAUCUUCUUAUCCAGAGCUAUUGAUGAAUGCAGACCUUCUUGAAAGCGAUAACUCGCCCGAUUACGAUUAUGAAGAACUAGAUGAUGAGAAUUAUCAAGAGUCAGACAACGAGAGUGACAUCGAUGAUUCAUCUGAGACAGGUCACCCGGGAGAAAACUCCAAUCUUGAAUUCAGAUCAACCACUCAAUCUGAAAAUAAUGAUACCCCUGAAGUGCUGAAUGAAUUGAUUACGUUGCCAGAUUUGAAGAAUCUGCUCUUUCCGUCACCAGCAGGCAAUCCGAUCACCAACCAGAUAUUGAGUUACCAUUUGCAACACCUCAAUGAGCCUGUUUCACACUUGACCAGAUCGUAUUUUGCCAAAUAUUAUGUGGAUGAUAUAAAACUACUUGACCUACUAAAAGAGAAACACAGACAUCGCGCGCGUGACGAUACGAGCUGUGUGGGUGAAAGGGAGCUCGAUGUACAUUGCGAAGAUCUCGGAAUCUGUGUGAUAUGUCAUGAGAAUUCAAGACAAAUCAUUUUGUGGCCUUGCAAAUGCUUGGCGAUAUGCGAGAAUUGUCGUAUCUCCCUCUUCGUCAGAGAGUUCGCAACUUGCGUGUGUUGCCGGCAUCCUGUUGAAGGCUACAGCAAAGUCUACAUCCCUUGACAUGUGUGAUCUUGCUUUCCCCAAGCUUUCAUGUAUAUUCCUUCCUCGAUCUUUCUUAUUUGAUUCAGUUUAUAAAGUAUAAUAGAAUGAAUGUUCACCUGGUGUCCAAAACGAAAAAAACGUCGAUCGGCUGCUGGCUGCUUACGUGAGACUCACGUCGCUUGAAACCGCCAACAAAAAGCGCCUGUUUGUUUACCUUUUUCAAGUGCAGAGCG